CUGAUAUUGUGAUCAGAGUAAGCUACUCUCAAGACCGGAAUACGUAUCGUAAAGUCAACUAUAAUACAGACAAUAACUUUGCCAGAAGGGUGAUAUGUUAUAGACGUUUCAAAUCGAGUUGUAUGAUCGCAGUUACUCUCAGCUGCCGUCACGAUCCUCUCCAUCUGUGUCUGCGUGAACAUCUGGUUCUCUCAACGUUUACAGAUGGCUCAGGAAGGUGGACCUCCUUUCCUCCUCUCCCUCGUCAUGCUUCUCCUUGUGCUGUCCUCUCUGUGUGUGUGUCCCGGGUCCAUGAGGUCAAUGGCUACAGCCGGGACCGGAUCCAUUCACACUGCAAGGGAAGUCUCAAAAAUAGCUGCAGAGGUGGCCGGCUACGCUGAUGUGGCCAAACGGAUUAUUGACCUGGCUGUGUUUGGAGCUGCCCAGAACCGCUCCCACAGUCGGCUGGCCGACUUCACCGACACCAUAGGGAACCGUGUCAGUGGCUCACACGACCUGGAGAUGGCCAUCAAAUACAUGUACAAUGCCUUUGCACAGGAUGGGUUGGACGUACAUUUAGAGCCUGUCAAAAUCCCACAUUGGGUGAGAGGGAAGGAGAGUGCAGAAAUGAUUGCACCCAGGGCCAAACAUCUGGCUAUACUAGGACUGGGUAGCAGUGUAGGGACGCCACCUGAGGGUAUCAAGGCGGAGGUGCUGGUGGUUCAGUCUUUUGAUGAGCUGAAGCAGAGAGCCAGCGAGGCCAUGGGGAGGAUUGUAGUCUUUAACCAGCCAUUUGUUAGCUACGGGGAGACGGUGGCUUACCGUGCUUAUGGCGCCUCUGAAGCAGCCAAAGUGGGAGCUGUGGCCACACUCAUUCGAUCUAUUACUCCAUUCUCUAUAAACAGUCCCCACACAGGUUGGCAGGACUACCAAGAGGGAGUGAAGUGCAUCCCUUCAGCCUGCAUCACUGUGGAGGAUGCUGAGCUGAUGUGGCGUAUGGCGCAGCGAGGGCAGAGCAUCGUGGUCAGACUCUCAAUGGGAGCCAAGACGCUACCGGAUGCUGACUCCUUCAACACAGUGGCUGAGAUUACAGGCUGGCAACACCCCGAGCAGGUCGUCUUACUGAGCGGCCAUUUGGACAGCUGGGAUGUGGGCCAAGGCGCCAUGGAUGACGGAGGUGGAGCCAUGAUUUCCUGGGAGGCCCUGUCACUCAUCAAGGACUUAGGUCUGCGUCCGAGGAGAACCCUGCGGACGGUGCUGUGGACAGCUGAGGAGCCGGGUGGAGUCGGAGCGCAGCAGUACUAUGAUCUACACAAGGUGAACAGGUCCAACUUUGACCUGGUCAUGGAGUCUGACAUGGGGACAUUUACCCCGGUGGCUCUGCAGUUUACUGGCAGUGUUGCAGCACAAAAGAUCAUGGCAGAAGUGGUCAAACUGUUGGCUCCCAUUAAUACGACCAAACUGGAGACACAUGGAGAAGGGACAGACAUCUCCCCGUGGAUGACGGCAGGAGUACCGGGUGCCAGCCUCCAUGUGGAAGACAGUCGAUACUUUUGGUUCCAUCACUCUGAAGGUGAUACCAUGACGGUUCAAGACCCUCAAGACAUGAACCUCUGCUCGGCAUUGUGGGCCGUGGUUGCCUAUGUCGUGGCCGACCUGCAGGACAUGUUGCCCAGGUAGCCAGUUAGCACGCAGAAUGCUGAGUGGUCAGGAAAACAGGAUGAUCGCUGUGAAGUGGACCGGUUAAUAACCAAAGAAAAACUUAAGAUCGAAUGGGCUGAUUUAAGAUAUCAUUGUUUACGUUUUGAAUGUGAAUAAACCUGGGAUAAACAAGGGAAUCGGAUAUAGCAGUAAAAAAAAAGAUCCAGUUACCCAUUAGAUAUGAAAACGUUGGAGCUCAGGGCAAUCUCAUGAUGAAUCUCAUCUUGAAUGUAAAGCAAACUAAACAACAAUAGUGCAUUUAAAGAUUGUAAAACACAAAGCAACACAAUAUAAGCUUACAUGAUCAUGCUGUGUAAUUUUACUGAUUUUUAUCAGAGAAGAGCAUUUCAUGCUUAGAACGGGAGACACGUUUUAUUUUUUAAAUAAAAAGCUUAUUUUCAAAUGUUGGUAUACUGACCGAGACAAGACUAUGAAGAAGAAAAAAAAAACUAAUUACUGAGUUACUGUAUUUGUCCUGGUGGUUAAAUACAAUGCACUGCUAAAUCAAACAAGCUAUAACAAUGAGCUCAUAUGAGUGUGCUGUGAAAGAGUGAAGAUGCCCAAAUUACCAAUGGCAGUUUCCAGUGUUCAAUAAAAGAAUAACCUCAUCUUUAAAAAUCUGUUUUUGUGUUUCUUUGAGUUCUUACAUUUUGUAAUUCCUGCCUUCGUCCUGCUUAACUGAGGACAUUUUAAUAGUUCUGUACGAUUUGACACUUCAAAAGAAUAAUUGCAGAGUUGAAAAUAAUCAAUAAAGUAUCAAUAAUUACUU